UAAGUUUCCUAAUGUGUCUCUCCAAACAUAACUAAUAUAUUUCUCCCUUCUUCUUCUUCUUCUCUCACGAUUAGCUAAACAAAUGGAUCCACGCGUCCCCGCAACCUCCGUGUUCCGGUGGUCCCGGAGUCGCCGGAAGAUUCAUAUCCGCCGUCGUAAGACACAGGUGGUGCGUCUUGGUGAGAAGAACAAUGUGGUGUCACGUGGUGGAUUCUCGUUGAAGAAGAUGGUGAGGAGGAUGAAGCUGAGAUGGUUGAGACUACACUACGUGAGACUUGUGAAGAAGAUGAAAGGGUUUUAUUGUAAUCUGGUGAAAGAGUUCGUAGACGCAGGAGGAGAGCUCGAAGCGAUUCAGACGCAAAUGGCGGUUGAAGCUGCUGCGUUCGCGGUUCCGGGUUUAGGUCUCUCCUUCUCCUCUCUGUCAGCUCAUGACCGAGCACGAUAUUUUCUUGCAUAGUCAUAUAUUAUCAUAUUCUUUAAAUAAUUACUCUUCGUAACAUUUAUUACGUUUGUUGUUGUAUCUUAUAAAUAUUUUAUUUUGUUGUGAUUUCGUUAUUUUUUGGAAUCAUGAGAAUGAGAAGUCAAGUUGGUAAUAGA